GCUACCAAGGCAUGAAACAAUAAGGUGAUUUUUUAUUAAUGCCAGCUAACGGUAUUAACAAGUCCUCAGAAGAAUUCAUUUCUUUUCUUGUAGUGGUGAAUGGUGAUGGAGCAGAUCAAUGAAUGGAUAGUAUAACAAUCUUCAUCUGAGGACGAAUACUUGAAUGCAGCACUGUACAAACCUCUGGCUAUGUAAGCAAACCCCUUCAAACCUCUGGGUGUGUAAUAGAACGGAAUAUUCCAUGCAUAUUUAUUCUGUGGAGAGUCUUUUAAACGGUGAACACUGUUAUUCCAGUAACACACAAAUCAUCUGUACUCCCAGUAAUAUAGGUCUUAAUUCACCAGAUUCUACAAUCAACCACAGCAAGAGUGAUAUUUUUAAUCACCGUCAUGCUGACAAUGAAGUAGCAGAAGAAUUGUGUAAUGAACGUUGUGGUGAACAAAAUAAGGAAAUAGCAGUCAUGGCUGCAGUGGAAAAUGGAUUGGAAAGCACAGGCAUAGAGACCUCACAAUUCAACCUAUCUGUCACAGAUCCAGCAGCUUGGGCUACAACCAUGAGCAACUUAGGAAUGGUCCCAGUGGGACUGACUGGGCAACAGAUUCUUCCAGAAUCACUCUGCAUCUCAGGCUUUGAUCCAAACAUUAGCAUGAUACCGGCCGGAAUAAUGCCAAUUAAUCCAUUGACCAGUGGAAUUAAUUUGAUGCCACAGGCUUUAGUCCCAACAGAUCUUUCUGUAAUCAAGGAAAUUAUUCAUAGCAAGGGCUGCACAUUACUUCCUCCAAACCCAAAUAUUCCACCACCAUCUACUAGAGAACGUCCUCCUGGCUGCAAAACUGUGUUUGUUGGAGGGCUGCCAGAAAAUGCCUCAGAGGAAGCUAUCCGAGAAGUCUUUGAACAGUGUGGAGAAAUUACUGCCAUUCGUAAAAGCAAGAAGAACUUCUGCCACAUUCGUUUCACUGAGGAGUAUAUGGUUGACAAAGCCAUUUAUCUUUCAGGUUAUCGCAUGAGACUAGGUUCCAGCACUGACAAGAAAGAUACAGGUCGCCUCCAUGUUGAUUUUGCAAAGGCUCGAGAUGACUUUUAUGAAUGGGAGUGUAAACAAAGAAUGUUUGCAAGGGAAGAGAGACACAGACGCAAGUUAGAAGAGGAAAGGCUGAGACCUCCUUCUCCACCAGUCAUGCACUUUUCAGAACAUGAGGCUACUCAGUUGGCUGAGAAAUUAAAAGAUGACAGUACCUUCUCUGAGGCCAUUGUGAUCCUCCUUAAAUGGUUUGAGCGAGGAGAGGUGAACCGUAGAACUGCUAAUCAGUUUUACACCAUGGUACAGUCAGUAAACAGCCAUGUUCGCAGACUGAUUAAUGAAAAAGUAAAACAUGAAGAAGAGCUGGAAAAGGCCAAAGAAAAAUUCAGGCAUGCAUUGACAGGAGUCCUGUCACAAUUUGAGCAGAUUGUGGCCAUUUUCAAUGCAUCUGUAAGACAAAAAGCAUGGGAUCAUUUCUCCAAAGCCCAACGAAAGAAUCUAGAGCUGUGGAGAAAGCAGUCAGAGGAGCUAAGAAAUGCACAUCAUGAAGAACUUAUGGGGAUUCGUCAUGAAGAAGAAAUGGAAAUGUCAGAUGAUGACAGUGAAGAAAAAUCUAAUAAGAGAGUUAAAACUGAUGGAUCAGCUUUGAUUGCUCAGGCAUAUGCUCUGAAAGAAGAAAAUGACAGUCUGAGAUGGCAACUGGAAGCAUACAGAAAUGAAUUAGAACUAUUGAAGCAAGAGAAGGGCCAGUUUUAUCACAGUGAAGAAGACCACACAAAAGACCAGCAGAUGCAGUUCCUGCAGCAGGCUAUGCAAGGCAUGCAGCAGCAACUGCUUGUUCUCCGAGAGGAAUUAAAAACCAAAAACUCAGAACUUGACAAAGCAAAGCAGGAACAAACCCAGACACAAGCACUUUUCAGUGUUCUUCAACAAAGUGAAAUUAAUGGGUUUUCAGGAGCACUUCAAAGCCAUAACAAAGAAAGGAAUGCUGACAUACCAAGCAAAGCACCCCUGAAAUCAGAGAAAGAAGCACUGUUAAUUGGUAUCAUAUCAACUUUUCUUCAUGUCCAUCCAUUUGGCGCAAACUUAGAAUACCUCUGGUCUUAUGUGCAACAGCUGGACACUAAGAUAUCAGCCAGUGAAAUAGAGAUGCUUCUGAUGAGGCUGCCACAAAUGUUUAAGCAAGAAUUCACAGGUGUUGGAGCAACGCUGGAAAAGAGAUGGAAAUUCUGUGGCUUUGAGGGUAUUAAAACUCUUUAACUGUGAAGUUUAAUAAACUUUCUCAGAGAAAUAAUGCCACUGCUUUGGCAGGUUUAUGAGCUGAAGAAAUGUGUUCCUGUGCUUAAGACUCUAUUUUCCGAGUUAUCGAAGCCUGUUUUUUAAUUAAGUCUGAUGUUCACUCAUGAAUGGUAUCAUGCUGAAACAGAAAAUAGAGAACCCAGAAUCAUCUGCUCUCCAGUCACAGAAAAAUUUUUCUAGGCACCAAAUGAGGACACAACAUUGCACUACAACAUCAGCCACUGCCAGCAAGUGUGCUUUCAAGGUCUAUGUUAAGUACAUUCCUAUACUAUCAAACCAAUAUUUGAAUAAUGAGAAGUAAACAGAUUACAAGAAAAAAAGUAUACAGUCCAAAAGAAACAUGUUCAAAUGUAAUAUAUUUAAAUAUUAUGAAACAAAUGCCUAUGUAGUACAUGGGAAUAGAACUUGUGAAUGUGUUAUGUAUUUUUUAAUACAAACAAUAUCAAAUCUUAUUUAUGAAUGACUGUUCAACAUUAUUCAGUUAGUACAAUAUGAACAUCUUCAAGCCUAGACCACAAUUUAAGCUUAAUGGAGCUGAAAUUAUAACGAGGGACCCAUGCAAGUCAAACAGUGUUCGGAAUAUUUUUUCCAUUUCUGAUGUCAGUCUUCUACCUAUUGCAUAACUGUCACAUCUUUUAUAACAGAAAUAUUUUUAUGAAAUAAAAUUUUGUGAAUAUACUUUUCCAGUUA